AUGACUGAACAGGAGGGGACCGUGCACGCGGUAUUAUUUCCGUCUUUGAACGACCAGGACGAGAAGGAUAUAACCGUUCAUAGUCAUGAGAUCAAAGCGUCUCCGGCGCUGCUAAAAAGAAUGCCCAGCUAUUGCAAGUCUCAGGGAAUCCCUGUAGCGCGAUUAGUUCAGGCUGCUUGGGCGAUCGUCGUUCAGCAAUAUGCCGAAACCGAAUAUGUUCUGAUGAGCGCCGAGGAGGUUAGGAAGAGGCAUGCGAUGCGGGUUAGCAAUACGGCGAGCGAAGAGACUGAAGAGUACUUAGGGUCAGGGUGGCUACGAUGUGUUGGUCCUACUGGACGUCGACUGCUCAGGGCCGCUCAGGCGUUUACAACUGAGGGCCGAAUGGUUGCCGAUGUGAUCCGACAACAUGCCACGGAACGACCCCAGGCCACGGCAAUUGACGCUUGGGACGGACAAGUCUCGUACGAAGAGUUAAAUCGGUUGACCGCACGACUUGGUCAGCGUCUGUACGACGCCGGCGUCGGACCGGGCGUGAUGGUCCCUGUCUGCUUCCCACGCUCUUUAUGGGCCAUAGUGGCCGAAGGGGCUGUGUUGCAGGUUGGAGGCGCUUUCGUCCCCAUUGAUCCGGCCCAUCCCACCGAGCGAAUGAAUCAAAUCGUCAAUCAAACGAAGGCUCGCUUGGCUCUGACCGCUCCGUCAUUUGCAGAUCAUAUGGCAACAUUGGUAGACCAAGUGAUCAUGGUCUCUUUAAGUCUGAAAGAGGAUCGAGCGGACGAGGACCUGCCUUGCCUAGAUAUUGACCUCGAUAGUCCGGCGUACAUACUGUUCACUUCGGGGAGCACCGGACAGCCCAAGGGAUGCGUCGUACCCCAUUGUGCGCUAGGCAAUGUACUCGCGCAGGCAAGUGCCUUGCACCUGCGAUCCGAUAGCAGGGCAUUUCAGUUUACAUCUUACAGCUUUGGUGUGUCGCUCAUUGAGAUUUAUUGUGUGCUGACUGCGAGUGGCACCAUCUGCAUCCCAUCAGACACGAACCGGUUGAAUCGACUGACGGAGACCAUGCAAAUGAUGCGUAUCAGUUGGGCGUACCUAACCACGGCUACGGCUGCGUCGUUGCACGCCGGUGAGGAGCUAGCGGAACUGCAGACACCCAUCCUGACCGGAGAGCCGUUAGACCCGAGACAGGUCCGGAAGUGGGCUCCGCGGGUGCAGCUCUGGCAGGGAUUUGGAUGUACCGAAUGUGCUGGUGUCUUCGCCCACGGCCAAUCUGUGGCUGGGUUAAUCCCGCGAAUCCCAACCGCCUGGCGCCCUCCCGCACAAACAGCUGCAGCAUUCCUGCAACAGUUGGACUGGUGGGAAGCCUUACGCCCAGGUGUGCCAUGUCGAUUGUACCGAACGGGGGAUCUGGUGCAGUACGAAUCGGACGGAAGCCUUCGCUAUAUUACGCGUCGGGACACGCAAGUCAAAGUGCGAGGAAUGUGCGUGGAGCUGGGUGAGAUCGAAUAUCAAAUUCGACGGACGGCAGAACUGGACCGUGUGGUUGCAGAGGCUGCGGUCCCGGCCGAUGGGCAUGAGGGACCGGCGCUGGUGGCAUUUCUGCACUCCAGCACCAUGCCAACCCUAGGAGGCAAAAGGAUGCUGGAUGGGUCGCUGCUGUGGACUGACGACCCUAAGGGAUUUGUGUUGCUGGCAGCCGAAUAUCGACCUCAGCCCACCUGGAACCUGGCACGUUCCAGGGAGCUCAAUUACAAUCUCAUUGGAUUUGAAACAUAG